AUGCACAGUGGGAUCAGUGAUGGGGGCAGGAAUGGAGUAGAAAUAUACGUGUCAAAGCAAUACAAACAGACACUUAUCACCUGGAAUCCGGUAUCCGAUAGAAUCAUCACUGCUAGAUUCCGAUGCAACGCUAGGCACAUUACCAUCGUGCAAUGCUACGCCCCGACAGAAGACGCCAGCGAUGACAUCAAAGACGACUUCUACAAUGCCCUCACAUCUUCACUCACCAAGAGCAAACGAGGUGACUUUAAAAUUCUCAUGGGAGAUUUCAACGCGAAAUUAGGCCCCAACAACAACGGAUUGGAACCAAUCAUGGGCCGACACGGUGUGGGAACACAUAGCAACAAUGGCGAAGGGCUCGCCGACCUAUGCCAGACAUUCCAACUAGUCAUUGGUGGCACUGUAUUCCCCCACAAGGAAGUGCACAAGUACACGUGGACAUCACCGAGUGGGCAUACACGCAACCAAAUUGACCAUCUGUGCAUAAGUAGGAAAUGGAGACACUCCCUUAGCGAUGUACGGAACAGGAGAAGUGCGUCAAUUGACAGUGACCAUGAACUAUUAGUCGGAGAACUUCUAAUCAAGCUCAGACGAAGUCACACUGCCACCAGAAGUAGCACAAGAAGACCACCCCCCCUGAACUUACACCGACUUGGAGACCCUGUCAUAUCCACCAGAUUGGCAACAAUGCUACGUGAACAACUAACACCGCAGCAGAACCACACCUGGGAACACACAUGCAGCACACUGAGGAGCACCGCGGAGGGUUUGCUUGGCACCCGACAACGCAGGAGCACAGACUGGAUCUCGACACGCACAUGGGAGCUUAUCAGUGGAAGAAAUUCCCUCAAGUCGAAAGCGGAUCACGACUGCAGAGCCCGGGAUGAAUACAAGGAACUCUGCAAGCUAGUGAAGAAAUCAGCCAGAAAUGACAAGAGAGCACUGAUAGAUAGGCUUGCAGAAAAUGCAGAGAGCGCCGCCAACGCCAACAACAUGCGCUCACUAUACCAGACAAUUGGUAAGCUAUCUGGAAGCGACCUCAGUGAUUGCAAUAAUUGGCGAGGAAUCACCCUGCUGAACACCAGCUACAAAGUGCUAGCCACUUUACUGAAUGAACGUCUACUGGAAAGAAUCGAACCAACAAUACGCGAUGAACAAGGAGGCUUUAGGCCACACAGAAGCUGCGUAGACCAAGCGAACACAUUACGCGCAAUCACCGAACAAGCUUUGGAAUAG